AUGAGCACAAUAGUCGAUGUUUCUGGAAGGUUGGGUGAAUAUAUGCUGAAGGGAUGGGUCUUGACAGACAAUAUCUGUCCAAAAUGCUCCAAAGUCCCCCUUAUGCGCUCUCCCAGCUCCCCUAUAAUCUCCUUCUGUGCGAACUGUGAUGCAGGGCCUCCUUCGGCAGCGCAACCCCAGGCCGUCGAUAAUUCAGGUCUACCUGGUCCUUCGUUGCGAUCUUCUCGCAGUGGAUCGUCGAGUAGUGACCAAUCACGAUCCUCAACUCCGCCUACAGAAAUAUCAAACGCUCCAAGCUCUGCUAUAUUUGUACCACCGAUAGAGACUGAAGAAAUGCUCCGCCGUCGACAACAAUCAGAUACAGCGUCUGCGGAAAUCGGGAAGCGAAUGCUGCGGGGUUGGGCUAUGUUAGCAGACGAAUGUCCCAAUCCCACAUGCUAUGGCAUCCCCCUUGUCCGUCCUCCUAACGCUGGAACUGGUAGAGAUCCUCGUAAAGAAUGUGUGAUAUGCGGUACCGUCUAUGUCGACCAGAAAGAUGCGUUUGGGCAGGAUCGUCUAGUUACAUAUAACUCGAACUCCGUUCAUGACCGACAACCGACAAUUAUUGCUGCUCCUCCGGCGCCACAGGCUGCCACCUCCCCGGUCAUGACUAGAGGAAAAGCUACGCAGAUACCUCAACCGCAAUUAGUACGCUCUCCACCGCUCCAGGUGCUCCAGCCUGGAGCUGCUCAUGUUGCUACGACUUCAACCGUCUCAGCUCUUGAUGCAUCUGCAGAUUCUCUGGUACUCAGUUUGCACGCACUUUCAGAGCGUUUAAAUAUCCUGUCUGGUGGCUCCAUAGUGGACCCUUCGCUCAUCGCACAAACUGCUGAUGCCAUCAGCAAAGUCUCCCAAGCUCUGACGCAAGUCAAGCAAUUACAGUGGAGUGAACAUUUGGCGCAUAGUGCAUGA